UUUUAACCCGGAAGAUAUCCUUCGCCGGGUGUUUAUGCAGUAUUCGUUCUCACGUGUGCCACAGUUCUUCAUCUUGUUAUGUCUUCUAAGAAAAAUAAAAGCAAAUCGAAACGAUUAAACGAAGGAGACGGCUCCUGUGACUCGAGCAACUUCGACAGUUCCAGUAACGAGGGGAGUAAAAGCAGCAACUCCUUCACUGUCAUCGACUUCGUUAAGAAAGCUGAUGACAAAACGCCGAAAAGUUGCAGAUGGUCACUUGCACAACUGAGCCUGAAUUCGCUGAAGUCAAAUGGUGUUAGCAUCGGCAGACCUGUUCUCCUCACGAGUCCCACGGGGCGACAGGAGGUGUGUGUGGGAUGGCCUGUGGCUGCGUUCCCGAGCGGGAAAGUCGGCCUCCACAAGGGUGCACAGAUCAACCUGAAAGUGAAAUGCGGUGAUGCAGUCAUGCUUCAGCCAGUGACGGGUCCUGUGCUCCAAGCCCAGGAAGUCAUCCUCUUUCCGAGAUCUGUUGAUGAAAAAUUAAACACAGAAGAGUUCAAGAGCUUCCUGCUCAAUUCUUUAGUUGGAAGCGUCAUUCUUCCGGGCAACGUUGUGUCCCUCACAUAUUUUAGCCGGCCAUGCAGUCUUUAUGUGCAAAGUGUACGAGGAGAAGACGGUGGCGCCCUCCAAAGGCCGUCUGUCCCUAUUCCUUCUCGUCCUCCUCCUCUUUCCAAUGGCACAGAGGAGUCGUCAGUGCUGGAUUCUGCCCCCGCAGACCUCUCCCUCCCGCUCAGCCUGCUGGCCUUAGAUGACACCAGCAGUCCUCACAGGACCCCCGUGGCCAGCACACCACACCGACCCGCCGCCUGCCUGCCUGCCCUCUCCCCGGCUUCUCCCAUUUCCAACCACCUUGACUCCCAUUCUGACUGUGAGGCAAACACUCCCGUCUUGGAGGGUUCCUUCAGCAUAGAAUGUCCUCUACCAACUCCCAUAGCGCCCUCUGCUGGUUUUUCGAGUACUGACACCUUCUACCGCCUGGCCUCGACCACCAAGCUUAGUUUUCCAAGCAAAGCCAUUCAGGAGGAUGUCGAAGCCAAAAGAGCAAAAGUGACAUACAGCAUGAUUGGCGGCCUCAGCAGCCAAUUGGAUGUCAUCAAAGAGACCAUAGAGCUGCCUCUCAAACACCCUCAACUCUUCUCCAACUAUGGCAUUCCCACUCCGCGAGGAGUUCUUCUGUAUGGACCUCCCGGCACGGGAAAGACCAUGAUCGGACGAGCCAUCGCCAACGAGGUGGGCGCUCACAUGACUGUGAUCAACGGUCCGGAAAUCAUGAGCAAGUUCUACGGCGAAACUGAAGAGAAGCUGAGGCAAAUAUUCACAGAGGCAUCAAAAAGUAGACCUUCUAUCAUCUUCAUCGAUGAGUUGGAUGCUCUUUGUCCCAAACGAGAGGGCGCGCAGAACGAGGUGGAGAAACGAGUGGUGGCCUCCCUCCUGACUCUCAUGGAUGGGAUUGGCUCUGAGGACCACUCGGGACAGCUUCUGGUUCUAGGGGCCACAAACCGACCCCACGCCCUUGACCCGGCACUGAGGCGACCUGGACGCUUCGACAAGGAGCUGGAGGUCGGCGUUCCUGGUCCUGCCGAGCGUGCCGACAUUCUGCACAAGCAGCUGAGCUCGGUCCCAUGCGGAGCCACCGCACAGGAAGUGACACAGUUGGCUGACACCGCUCACGGCUACGUCGGCGCCGAUCUCGCUGCUGUUUGCAAAGAAGCGGGUUUAAAUGCAUUAAGACGAGCGAUCGGAGCAGCCAACGAGCCGUCGGACCAGCAGCUGAUGGGCAAAGUGACGGUCACUCUGUCUGACUUGCAGUGGGCCAUGUCAGUGGUGAAGCCCAGUGCCAUGAGGGAGGUCUCCAUUGAUGUGCCCAAGGUUCGCUGGGCUGACGUCGGUGGUAUGGAGGAUGUGAAGCUGAAACUGAAGCAGGCCGUGGAGUGGCCACUCAGGCACCCGGAGGCUUUCACCCGCAUGGGCAUCCAGCCACCAAAGGGGGUCUUGCUGUAUGGACCACCGGGCUGCUCCAAGACCAUGAUCGCCAAAGCCCUGGCCAAUGAAAGUGGCCUCAACUUCCUGGCCAUCAAAGGUCCUGAAUUGCUGAGCAAGUACGUUGGCGAGUCUGAAAGAGCCGUGAGAGAGGUGUUCCGGAAGGCCAGGGCCGUAGCUCCCUCCGUCGUCUUCUUUGACGAGAUUGACGCACUGGCCAGUGAAAGAGGAAGCUCUUCGGGAUCGGGUGGUGUGGGCGACAGGGUCCUGGCCCAGCUCCUGACAGAGAUGGACGGCAUUGAGCAGCUCGGCGACGUCACCGUGCUAGCCGCCACCAACCGGCCGGACAUGAUUGAUCAGGCUCUAAUGCGACCAGGUCGCCUCGACCGAAUCGUCUACGUUCCUCUCCCAGAUGCUCCGACUCGGCGGGAAAUAUUUCGUCUCCAGUUUGUGAACAUGCCCGUGGCCCAAAAUGUGUCUCUGGAUGACCUCGUGACUUGCACAGACAAGUACUCUGGAGCUGAGAUAACAGCAGUAUGCCGAGAGGCCGCCCUGCUAGCCCUGCAGGAGGACAUGAAAGCCGAGCACGUGGACGCCAGCCAUUUCCAGAGCGCCCUCGCCGCCGUUAGGCCACGCGUCCCCGACGCUCUGCUCCAGUCAUACGUCUCCUACCAGCAGCGGCACGCCGCCAUCACCACCCCACCUUCUUUUCUGACCCCCCUUUGAUGUCUUAUUAUUGUUUGCCAUCAUGUGCUGACUCUUAAUCAUCCUAUCAUGUCAAAUACUGUACAUUAUCCAUGAGUCGACAUAAUGGUAACAUCAACUGUAAAACUUCUAUAGUCAUGAAUUUUUUUUCACAUUCAUUUAUCACAAUAGUGUGUGCACACAAACUUAUUAUCAUCAUUCUCGACCUUUUUAACUGAAAAUAUGUCAUGUCCAUUUAUAUAUAACAGCAACAUUGGAAUAAAUGCAUUUGUGUUUUGGGUUA